AUGAAUCGAGUUUCCAUCUGGGUGAUCUUCAUUUCCUUGUUUCUCCUCCUCAACAUGACAAAUUCUGUAGAGGAGGAGACCAGAAACUCACUUAUAAGCUUUCUUACAAAACUCUCUACCAAUAAUGGCCAACCUGAUCUCAUUUUAGGCUGGAACUCGACCCUUGAUCCUUGCAAGGACAGCUGGCCUCGUGUUGCCUGCGAUCGUCGAAAUACUUCUGUGACAAAGUUAUUUCUUGAAGGGUUAAAUCUCAAUGGAACUCUUGAUGCCACUUCCCUUUGUAGCAAGCGGCUUGCUGCAUCUCUUUAUCUUCUUUCUCUUGCUGGCAACAACAUUGGUGGAGGAAUCCCAGAUGGGAUUUCAAAAUGCAAGCAACUCACUUACAUUUAUGUAAGAGGAAACCAAUUCUCUGGAAACCUUCCCAGCUCGUUUCCCAUGUUAGGAAAUCUGAAAAGACUUAAUAUUUCAAACAACAAGUUCUCUGGUAACCUGCCAGAGUUGUCUCGGAUCUCAGGUCUGACAAUGUUCCUCGUUCAAAACAACCAGCUGAGCGGGGAGAUACCCAAAUUUGACUUCUCCAAUCUUGUGCAAUUCGAGGUUUCCAACAACAACUUCAGCGGCCUUAUUCCAGACGGUGGCAGCCGUUUCCCUACAAGCAGCUUCUUGGGCAAUCCCGGACUAUGCGGAGAUCCAUUGUCACAAAAAUGUGUGUCUCUAGAGGAGACAGUGGAAAACAAGUCAAAGGGUGUCUCAAAGGAUCAGAUUCUUAUGUACUCAGGCUAUGCUUUGGUUUUUCUCAUGUUUAUUAUUUUCAAGGUGUGCAAAAGAAAAAAGAGAGGAGAAGAGAGGGUUGAGGCAGCAAACAAGGUGGCAUCAAUUGAUGAUAGUAUAAUCAGCAAGCAUAACGCUGCAUCAAGUGAGUACAAAUCAGAUGUGAGCAGGUCAGAAUACAUGGAAAUUUCAGCUGAAAGUCAGCUGGUUUCGACCUCUCUGACAGUCCUUGAGAGCCCUGUGGUCAAUGGACUGAAAUUUGAGGACUUGCUAAGUGCUCCAGCCGAGUUGCUUGGAAGAGGAAAGCAUGGUACCCUCUAUAAGGUCUUGUUUGAGAAUGGGAUAGUCCUGGUAGUCAAAAGGAUUAAGGAUUGGGCAAUCUCAAGCACCGAGUUUAAGCAGAGGAUGCAGAGGAUGGGCCAAGUGAAGCAUCCAAAUGUAAUGCCAGCUCUUGCCUUCUAUUGUUCCACAUAUGAGAAGCUUUUGGUCUAUGAAUAUCAUCCCAAUGGAAGUCUAUUCGGGCUUCUCCAUGGAACCCCCAUGAGCCAAGCAUUUGAUUGGGCAAGCAGAAUUGGUGUUGCAGCUAGCAUUUCUGAGGCAUUAGCCUUCAUGCAUCAGGAGCUAAAAGACGAUGGGAUUGCUCAUGGAAACUUGAAAUCCUGCAACAUCUUGAUGAACAAGAAUAUGGAGCCUUGCAUCAGUGAAUAUGGUCUUAUGACGUCUCUGGAUAGUAAAUAUGGCUCAUCUCUUACUGGGAGCGAAUCAUCUAGAUCUAGAGCCUUCCAAGGGGACAUUUAUGGACUUGGUGUCAUUCUUCUCGAGCUGCUUACUGGAAAGAUGGCACAGAACAGUGGAGUUGACCUGGCAGAUUGGGUUGUCUCAGUUGUUCGAGAGGAGUGGACUGCUGAAGUCUUUGACAAGGUCCUAAUUUCAGAAGGUGCAAGUGAAGAGAGGCUGCUAAACUUGCUGCAGGUGGCCAUUAAAUGUGUUAACAAUUCGCCUGAUGCAAGGCCAAGCAUAAAUCAAGUUGCUACCAUGAUCAACACACUAAAAGAUGAAGAUGAUAGAUCCAUGUCUUUUGAACCAUCACUACAGUAA